AUGCCUCGCAUCUCCGUCUCUGGCACCACCACCAACCGCCGACUGUCGUCUCCUCUCGUCUCCCCUCUACCUACCACUCCUGCUGGAAGUUCUCAACUGCACGUAAACCGGGACCGGAAUGCCCGCCAUUCACGCAAUACUUCCUGGUCGACUGGUCGCGAUAUUCUCUCCCCUGCCGUAGGCGAGUUCUCCACUACCUUUGAAUCCUCCACCGGGUCUUCCACCACGCAGCAACGCCGUCGUCGCGAAUCCAACUACUCGCUCGCCAGUGUCUCCGAGCGAGGUGGUGACGGUGGUAACGAUCCUGACGCGGACAACGACAACGACUACGACGCAGACGAGACCAUGGCGCUGAGGAAUACCUCAAUGGACUGGAAGGGCCAUGCCCGUCGCCGCUCCCAGAGCCAGGGCCAGCAGGAACUGCCCAUCCUUGAACCGCAUCCGUCGACUUCGGCGACCAAUACACCGUUAAAUCCCUCCGGUCCUUCGUCGUCGUUUGUUUCGGGGCCCCCGCCGGUAUCUUCGACGUCGCGUCCUGGGCCUGUGACAUGGAUGUCGCUGCCGAGGAAAAAGCAGCUCGCGAUUCUGGGCCUGUGUCGCGUGUUCGAUUUUCUACAGAUCGCCUCGUUGCAGGCCUAUAUGUUCUACCAGCUCAAGUCGUUUGAUCAGGAUCUUUCAGACUCGGAUGUUUCCACGCAAGCGGGUAUUCUGCAGGGUGCGUUUACGGCUGCGCAGUUCGCGACGGCGAUUCCCUGGGGUCGAGUUGCGGAUGCGGAGUGGGGAGGACGGAAGUUUGUGCUUCUUGUUGGCUUGCUGGGGACUGCGGUUUCUUGUUUGGGAGUUGCGUUCUCGACAUCCUUUGCGCAGGCGGUAUUUUGGCGGUCGUUUGGGGGUGCGAUUAAUGGGACUGUGGGGAUUAUUCGGACAGCCAUUGCGGAGAAUGUUAAGGAGAAGAAGUAUCACUCCAGGGCGUUUUUGAUUUUACCAAUUGGGUUUAAUAUUGCUUCGUUGUUUGGGCCAGUCAUGGGCGGUAUGCUCUCUGAUCCCGUCACGAGUUAUCCUACGUUGUUCGGCCAGAAUUCGUCAUUUGGUGGCCAGUCCGGCGUUCAAUGGCUGGUCAAAUACCCCUACGCUUUGCCCAUGUUGGCCAAUGCCAUUUUCCUGUCGUCGUGCGCGGUUUUUGUUGCCAUCGGCUUCGAAGAGACACUGGAUGCCUGCAAAGGCAAGCCAGGUUUGGGUGUCUUUGCUAUGCGACUUUUCUCUCGUGUCAUCAAAAUGGUCGUCCCAUCAUCGUCCCCGUUAUACUCUCGACUUCCGUUCCGUGAUUACGACGAAGAAGGCCCGUUGUUGGACCGCCCAUUGGACCGCACGGAAAGCUACGAGAUGGAAGAAAAGGCCAAACCAGCGCGGCCGGCCCGCGUGCUGUCUUUCCGGAAUAUCUGGACCAAGAAUGUCCUCUGUACGCUUUUUGCGCAGGCUUUCUUUGACUUUCAGAUGGGUGCUUUCAACAACCUCUGGCUUCUCUUCCUCUCCACCCCCCGCUACGACCCGAACGACCCCGCCAGUCUGCCUCAGAAGCUGCCGUUCAUUUUCACCGGCGGUCUUGGAAUGCUGCCCCAAAGUGUCGGAUUCGCAACAGCCAUCUUAGGUGUCAUCGGAAUGCUCCUCCAAUUCACCAUCUACCCCACCAUCAACGGCCGUCUAGGAACAGCCAAGAGCUACCAAUACUUCCUCUCCCUCUUCCCGCUCGCUUACGCCUUCGCACCCUACAUCGCCCUCGCCCCCUCCUCAACUCCACCCCCGGACCAAGCCAACGGCGUUUGGGUUUGGUUCUCAAUCAUCGUCGUCCUCUUCCUGCAAGUCACAGCUCGAACAUUCACCCUACCAACCUCCAUCAUCCUACUCAACAACUGCUCCCCGCACCCGUCUGUCCUUGGUACUAUCCACGGUAUCGGGCAGUCUGUCUCUUCGGCGUUCCGAACCAUUGGGCCGAUAUUCUCGGGGAGUUGGUAUGGGUAUGGGUUGGAGAUUGGGACGGUGGGAUUCGCUUGGUGGUUAAUUGCGCUGGUUUCGGUGUUUGGGUGUGUUGCUGCGAUUUUUGUUUAUGAGGGGUCUGGACAUGAGAUUCUGCUUCCUGGGGAAGAGGAGGAGAUGCAGUGA